GAAAAAUGUUUUGAUUACUAUUCCAUUGUGUUUACCUUCAUACGUUUUAAAAGUACUCCCAUUUUGUCCUCGAAUUAGUAAGCGUAACAAAAUGCGAUUCUUGCGAACGGACAUUGGUUAAGCAGAAUUCGAAAUUUCUCAUCAGAAAUCAGAUUGUACGAAUCGAAUCAGGGGCGCUUCAAUUUGGCUGGUGUUGAUCCAAAAGUGAUCCAGCAGGUUCAGUGUUUCAUCUUUCCAAUAAAAAGUGUCAUCAUCUGAUGAGAAUAAACUGUAUUCUUCGUUUCUAACUGGAAACCAACGGCAGAGGCAAUGGAUAACGAUAACAGUCAGGAAAUUUUCAUGCAGCAUGGUGUCACGUUGAAGAAAGUCAGCGCCAGUCACAUUCUGGCCUUGAACACGGUCGGAGUGCUCUCGUUUUGCAAACAUCUGAAGAAUGAUAUCCAUUUUUUCGAGUGGCAGCAAUCGGCCAUGUGUGAAAUCACAGACACGGAGAGCCAGGACAGCGGCUGGUCACUGGUGGAUACGAUUGAAUCCACUUCGUCGGUCCCAAUGUCGGCUUGUGCUGAUGAAUCUAAACCAUCGAAUUCCAACAGCACAGCAGGUGCAAGUGAGAAACCUCGUGCGGACAGCAAAAUAUCUUUUCGAGUGCUCUUCCGCGAUUUGAAAGGACUCGAAAUCGGCAAAAAUGAACUUCGAUUUUAUGGGCCCGACUAUUCGACACAUAGCCUUUAUCUGUUCAACCAUGGAUCUCCACAAUCGUUUGUGGAUUUCCUGGAACGGAAGCGGUUCAUCAAGAAAAGCUCUCGUCGAAAGCCGUUCUAUCACUGUCUGAAGGAGUCGGACAACGAUAAGCUGCAGAAAUCGUUCUCAGAGCUGAACAUCGAGGAUAUCAGGAAUCGACCGCGCCCCAAUCCGUACAUCGAUUUUAUGUCCAAGCUGGCCAAUGUGCAUCACCAAAUUUUGCCUUUGAAUCGACAACCGGAGGAAUACAGGCCGCGCACGAGUUCCAAGAACGAGACGGAAGAUGUUACGAGCCACAAUGGAAUUGUGGUAGUGAACGAAGAAGAGAAAAACAAGCUGGUUCCAAGACCACCCGUCCAUCGGGGGCCACCCUUGGAUGCCGCUAAGUGGGCGGAAUUUCGCUCGCCCAGUGGGUCGAUUCUAAAUACGGACAGUGUGAAGGAGAUCAUCUUCAAAGGGGGCAUCAACAAUGACAUCCGGGCCGAAGUGUGGAAAUAUCUGCUCGAACUGGACUUCUGGGACCACACGACCGCCCAGCGAGACGAGCGUCGGGGCAGUAAGACCCAGGAGUACUUCCAGAUGAAGCUCCAGUGGCUCACGAUCACCCCAACCCAGGAGCACAAUUUCACCGGCUACCGAGAACGUAAAUGCCAGAUCGAAAAGGACGUCAAACGAACCGAUCGAACGUACGAAUUCUUCGCCGGGGAUGACAACCCCAAUCUUGCCAAGCUGCAGGACAUACUGAUGACCUACGUGAUGUACAACUUUGACCUGGGUUAUGUCCAAGGCAUGAGUGAUCUGCUGGCACCUAUCCUAUGUUUGGUGCAGAAUGAGGCUGAGAGUUUCUGGUGCUUCGUGGGAUUCAUGCAGAAGGUGUUCAGCAAUUUCGACAUUGAUCAAAAGGGAAUGAAACAACAGCUGGAACAUCUGCGCACGCUGUUGGCCUUUGUGAACGAGAAACUCUACAAUUAUCUGAAGGAGAACCAAUCGGAGAAUAUGUACUUUUGCUUCCGAUGGCUGCUGGUUUGGUUUAAGCGAGAAUUCUCCAACGAUGACAUCAUGCAUCUCUGGGAGGUUCUCUGGACGAACCUACCUUGCCCAAACUUUCACCUGUUCAUUUGUGUGGCGAUCUUGGAUCAAGAAAUGGACGUUUUCAUCGAUGGGCAGUUUACGUUUACGGAAAUUCUGAAACACGUCAAUGAGUUAUCGGGUAACCUAAACCUGAUAGCAAUUCUCGAGCAAGCGGAGAGCAUCUAUCUGCAAGUGAAGCAAUCGCUGGAACUAUCCAAAGAACCUCUGUCGGAUUUGAGGAGAAUCAUCGGAGAGGAAGUGAGUCCCGAUGAGGCAGGGAGUGCUGGCAGUGAUGAAGAUGACGACAGUUGCAUGUCAAUUGUGAACGAAAAAUCGAGCGAGGAGCAGGAACUGAUGCAACGCAAGGUGGACGAGGCCUGUGAUUUAUCGUUGAGCUAUGCGUUUUUCUAGAAAAAAAAGCUCAAAUUACUGGCUGCUUCUGUAUAGAAAUAACUGCAUAAUUAUACUAAUAGACAAGAAUGAGCAAGGUCGGGUGAAAUUUUGACGAGUAAAGUUAUGCGUAGUUGCGUUAGAUGCAAUAACGGCCAUACCAAGACCCAAAAAAAAUUGUUUGAAAGAAUAGGCUCAUGAUAAGGAAAUGGGAUCGUGUUUUGUUCAGAAACUGGCACUAAGCGAUAUUCUUAUACUUUUUAUGUACAGAUGUGUUAAUUAAAAUUAUUUUUGAGUUCA